AUGUCCCCUAUGACCACGACCACAUUUGAAUCAUUUACAAGUGAAAGAAGUUCAACACUGGAAACCUACAUCAUCCUCAACAGGAACAUCUCCAUGUUCACAGUCUACUGCAACAGACGGACAAAAAACAGAACCCACAACAAGAGCUCAAUCGACAUUUACAACAGAUAUGUCCCCUACAAGUACUUCUACAUCUUCACCAUCUACUUCAACGGAAGGACAAAAUACAGAACCCACAACAACAGCUCAAUCGACAUUUACAACAGAUAUGUCGCCUACAAGUACUUCUACAUCUUCACCGUCUACUUCAACGGAAGGACAAAGUACUUCUACAUCUUCACCAUCUACUUCAACGGAAGGACAAAAAACAGAACCUAUAAUGACAGCUCAAUCAACAUUUACAACAGCUAUGUUCCCUAUGACCACGACCACAUUGAAUCAUCUACAAGUGAAAGAAGUUCAACACUGGAAACUACAUCAUCCUCAACAGGAACGUCUCCAUCUUCACAUUCUACUGCAACAGACGGACAAAGUACAUCAGAAUUGAUUUCAUCAACAACAGAAAUGUCUACUUCUAGUGAAGAGCAAACAACAAGCCAGGGGACACAAACCUCUAUGUUUACUUCUACCACAGAAACAGAACCCACAACAAGAGCUCAAUCGACAUUUACAACAGAUAUGUCCCCUACAAGUAUGUCCACAUUAGAAUCAUCUACAAGUGAAAGUGGAUCAACGGUGCAAACUACUCUGUACACAACAGGUACUUCUACAUCUUCACCAUCUACUUCAACGGAAGGACAAAGUACAUCAGAAUUAACUUCAUCCGCAACAGAAAUAUCAUCAUCCACUGUAGAGCAAACAACAAGCCAGCAGGCUCAAACAACUGUGUUUAGUUCGACCACAGAAACAGAACCUAUAACGACAGCUCAAUCAACAUUUACAGCAGCUAUGUCCCCUAUGACCACGACCACGUUUGAAUCAUUUCCAAGUGAAAGAAGUUCAACACUGGAAACUACAUCAUCCUCAACAGGAACGUCUCCAUCUUCACCUUCUACUGCAACAGACGGACAAAGUACAUCAGAAUUGAUUUCAUCAACAACAGAAAUGUCUACUUCUAGUGAAGAGCAAACAACAAGCCAGGGGACACAAACCUCUAUGUUUACUUCUACCACAGAUACAGAACCCACAACAAGAGCUCAAUCGACAUUUACAACAGAUAUGUCCCCUACAAGUAUGUCCACAUUAGAAUCAUCUACAAGUGAAAGUGGAUCAACAGUGCAAACUACUCUGUACACAACAGGUACUUCUACAUCUUCACCAUCUACUUCAACGGAAGGACAAAGUACAUCAGAAUUAACUUCAUCGGCAACAGAAAUAACUUUAUCCACUGUAGAGCAAACAACAAGCCAGCAGGCUCAAACAACUGUGUUUAGUUCUACCACAGAAACAGAACCUAUAAUGACAGCUCAAUCAACAUUUACAACAGCUAUGUUCCCUAUGACCACGACCACAUUUGAAUCAUUUACAAGUGAAAGAAGUUCAACACUGGAAACUACAUCAUCCUCAACAGGAACAUACAGAACCCACAACAAGAGCUCAAUCGACAUUUACAACAGAUAUGUCCCCUACAAGUACUUCUACAUCUUCACCGUCUACUUCAACGGAAGGACAAAGUACAUCAGAAUUAACUUCAUCCGCAACAGAAAUAUCAUCAUCCACUGUAGAGCAAACAACAAGCCAGCAGGCUCAAACGACUGUGUUUAG